AUGCUCAAAGCAGAAGCCUCCACUCAUGUGUUUGAGCCGCAAUCGCUCGGCCGCUCCAUCAACUCUACCUUGAUUUCGAUCUGCAAGGUCUUGAUAUUCCUCAAUUACUUCUUCUCGCCGUUUGAUCACUGGAUUGUUGGCGAUCGAUCAUGGCGGCCGAUCUUGGAUUUGCUGCCCGAGAAGCUCGAUCUACCUACGUGGAUACAGAUCCCCUGCUUUAUCAUAUUGGUGCUGGCUCCAUCGGUCCUCUUCUCCGUAGCAACGGUCCUCACCACUCCUCGCGACAAAUUUGCAUGGUCUAGCUACCUUCUUCAGGCACUAGUGAUUGGCCCGAUCUUUCUCGUCUUCUUGGCCGUGGUUGCGGUCAUGGUGCGUUCUGGAAUCGAAACCACAGCUCCGGAUAUCGAGUCGAAGAGUGACCAAACUUCAAGCUCGUCAACGGACAGUCCGCUGACCCUUCUGACGGCCACGGUGAUUCGCGUGGUCUUGGCCGGCCUCACGAAUGCUGUCUUACAAAGGCUGUCCAGCGCGCCUCCGGAGUCAGUGCAGUCAAACCCGCUACUGUUCCAAGCAGGUCUUGUCGCCAUGCUCAGCUUCUGCAAGUCAUAUCACGCCCAAAGACGAUUGAUCAACUUGUUCCAAAGGCUUGGUCUGCCAGUCCUCUCCUUCCCCCCUCCAUUGACCACUAGGAGCUUGUUGUCCUCACUCACCAUCUUCGGCAAUGAGGAACAGACAAGUCUUAUUACGCCUGUCCGAGGGGCUGUAUCAUACAUUCUGGUAAAUCUCUACCCGCACCUGUUCGGCAGACCCAUGUUGUUGUUCUCCAGAUCCCAAGGCUUUGACGUCGAGCUCAGAGAUCCGCGCGACGUAUUUUCGAGCCUUCCGGCCAAGCGAGGAUACCGCAUUGGUGGUGAUUGGGCACUCUGGGGUAUCCUCUGCAUCGCUGAAUUGACGAUUGGGGUUGCUCUCAAGCUUGUUUUCCCAUGGACAUGGAUGCCUUUGCAGCAGUUGAAAGGAACAGCCGCAUGGUUCAAAAAUGCCGCCGAUGUGGCUAGGAUUGUGUUUGAUAUCUCAACAGCCAUGCUCCGAGCAAGUUGGGCGUGUGAUUUGUCUGCCAUGAAGAACGUGGCUUCAACCACAUACCAGGAUCACAAAUACGGUGCGUUCUUUGUCGGGUUCAACAUUAUCACCAUCGCCUUUGCAGUUUUUGUUGGGCUUUGUCUUGAGUGGUUCAAUGGAUACUUGGCGAAAAGAUCCGCGCAGCUGUAG